CAUCCCUGGUAGCAGAUGUCUCCCAAGUCCUCGCUUACACACUGUGAAUGGUGGAAAUACGUUCACCCCAACAACCAACGAACCAACAAUAUGUUAGGUAAUAGUUUGCAUGGCAACAUUGCAAAGAGGAUCGCCAUCCCCAGAACCCCCCACAACAUGUAUCCACAAUCUUCUCCGGAUUCCGCUCUUUGCUUAAAUACUUAAGGGUCCGUAUGCCAGAAUUAGAGUUGCAAGCAAACGAUGCAUCCCCAUCCCGUCGGCUUCUUGGGGCAAACUGCAGUAUCUUUACGCAUAGACGUUUUCCGAAGUCUUCCCCUCCCCCGCGUACAAACUGCAGAUGGAGAAAGCGGCUUCCUCGGAACCAGGGCCCGAGACCCGCCCGAAUGCUUCCGACCCCCACCAGCCAGACCGGUUCGAGGAAAGACGCAUUUCCUCCGCAUCCCACCCCCGCACGGAUCUGGAGAACCAUCCCGAGCGGAUGGCGGCCACCGCGCAGGGUCUCUCGACAACGACAUCGGUAGCUGAUACCGGCGAAAAUCCGGAUGACUACCCUGAGGGCGGGAAGCAGGCUCUUAUUGUGCUCUUUGGGGCGUGGUGCGUCUUGUUCUGUACCUUUGGUCUGGGAAACAGCAUUGGCGUCUUUCAAACGUACUAUGUGACCGAUGCCCUUCGCGAAUACAGUUCAUCCACCAUAUCAUGGAUUACCAGCUUUAUGCAAUGGACUUUAAACUUCAUGCCCAUCGUCGUAGGUUCCAUUACCGCCGAUUGCCCCGCCACCGACCGACUAAUCUCAAAUCCAGUGGGGAUUCGCAUUUGAUAAAUGGGGUCCGCGAUGGCUUCUCAUCUGUGGAUCCA